AAAUUAUCUGUAAUCUGUGACUGCAAGUAUUUCAUAUUUCAUAUUGAUUCAGGAAACUUUUGAAAAGGAAAACUGCACAGAUUCCGGAAAAUUUCUGACAGUGACACAGAAUUCAUAUACAGUUCAAAAUUGAAAAUUAUCUUUUAUUGCCGUCUUUGUGAUUAUUGAGGAAUUGCAACAUGGAUGAAACGAAUAUAAAAUCUAUAAUUGCCCAAAAUGAAAAUUCCAAAAAAGCUUUAAAAACUUUCAUUUCUCAGACAGAAAAUUUUUUCUCUUUUCCCUUAUUGAACGAGAACAACUUGAGAUUUGAUUUAUGGAAUAGUUUAUACAACAUGGCUAACACCUCUUCAGAUGAGGAAAUACAAGCAAACUGUUUUUCAGCCCUUCGAAUUUUAUGUCGAGAAAAAGCAAAUCUAGACCAAUUAUUUGAAGCUAAUGAUUGGCUAACUUUAUUGAAAAGAGUUAUUGGCCUAGAUGGAGAUAAAAUAAAUUUCACAAAAAAGACAAGCAUUGUGGCAGUGGAAGCAGAGAAAUUUCUUUGUAAUUUGGUGUUCAACAAUAAUAAAGCUGUUCGAGAAUGUAGUGAAAAUGACAUUUUAUACAAUAUCAAUGAUAGAAUUAAGUUCUAUAGCGAACCUUCAUUCCCAGAAGACAUAAAAUUCUUUGAUAUGAAAUUGUUAUUUAUCAUCACAGCUUUACGCCCUGAAACGAGAAAAAUAUUGGGAGAAGAAAAGAAUGCUACUAUCAAUUUAAUGGAAUAUCUUGAUAUUAUUUUCGAAGAUGUUGAAGAUAAUGAUAAAUCAAUGGAUAUGGCAUGCGAAAUUCUUAAGACUCUAUUUAAUUUGACACUGAAAAUUCAACCAAGUAAUGAACAAUCAGACAGAUAUAUAAAAUUGGUACAAAUUUUACGGAAGUAUUUAAUGUUACCUAUUGAAUCUGAGGUCGAACGUAUAACUUUACAGACCAAUGUUAUAAAUUUAUUGACAAAUAUACCUAAUACCUUUUACACAGAAUUAAUACCACCGAUAGAUUCUGUUGAGUGUAUUGGAGAGAAAUUAGAAUACAAUGGGCAUGAUUUAUCAGCUGUGAAAAUGAUUGUGGAAUUAUUAAGAGUUAAAAUUUCGGCAGAUAAUCCAGUAAAUCAACAACUUGAAAUUAUUUCCCCUACAGUUACAGUAUUAUACAAUGGAGCCUGUGGAAGUAAGAUAAUUAGAAAAUAUUUGCGAUUUGAAAUAUUACCACCUCUCAGAGAUGUGUAUAAUCUUCCUGAAGAAGGAACUACCUUGAGAAAUUGUUUGUGCCGUUUUUUAACUUCUCCUGUAACAAUUCUAAAGGAUAUCAUAGCAGAAUUUUUAUUCGUUUUAUGUAAAAAAAAUGUGAAACGUAUGGUCAAAUAUACCGGAUUUGGAAAUGCAGCUGGUUUAUUUGCAAAAAGAGGUUUGCUUGGUGGCAAGAAAGAUGCUGAAGCAGCAGAGUUUAGCUCUGAUAGCGAGGACAGUGAAACAGAAGAAUAUGCGGAAAAUAAACAUAUGAUCAACCCGGUAUUAGGUUGUUAUCGUCCAUCAAAUACUGAUGUCUUGGAUGGAAUGUCAGAUGAACAGAAAGAGUAUGAAGCAAUGAAAAUAAUUAAUCUCAUGGAUGCUUUGACAAGAGAGGGUACCAUAAAACCAUGUAAAAUAGAUGAAAAUGGAAGGCCAGUGCCUAUCGAGCAUGUUUUAGAGUUCCAGAAUAGCUUGAAGAAAAAAGACAGUUGUCAAGGAUCAGUAGAAUAAGAUUUGAUUCAGCGAAUCAGGACUAGGAUAUUGUGCUAAAAAGAUAGAAUGUGUAUGUCGAUAAAACUUAAAUGAAAAAAUAGUUUAUAUUCAAGGAUUUGUUGCAGUUCUAUUUAAAUAUUUUUUAUUCUAUUGUUAAUUUUGUUUAAUCAGCUUUCAAACAAAAAUUUUGUUUCCGGAACUGUUUCUGUCAUUGUAGUUUCACAUGAUUUCUUUCUGUAUAUUGUACUACUUUGUUGUUGUAACGAAAAUGAAAUUAGCACCACUUAGAUAUGAUGUCAUCAGUUAAUGAAAACUAUGAGUACAUUGACUAAAUUGAAGCUCACCAGAACUAUUAUAAUUCUUUCUGUUUCCGAUAAGGUCACGAAAAGAUUACAAAUGAUUCAAGAUAAACAUUAAAAGUCUGAAAAAGUAGUCAUCUGAUGCCUAAAGGAAAUAUUAAUUUUUAAAUUAUUUUAGCAUGUCUCUUUAUCUUUUAUGUAUAAUUAUUAAACUUAUAUAUUAUUAUUAUUAUCAAAAAUCCCAUUACUAUUGAAUGUUGUAGCGGUUAAUUUAUUGAGUCAUAAAUAUCUAUAUGUAUUAUUAAAAUAUUAUUACUCGUGAGAAAUAAAUUCUGUUUUAAUCAA